AUGCUUGAAAAUAUUGGCAGAAAGCUUAUCUUCCCUAUCGACUUUCCUAGUCAAAAGCGCACUUUCCAUCUACAAAGUGUUAUUCUUUUAAUUUCAGCUUUAUUUGCAUCUGCGUUUGGCUUUUUCACACAAUCCCUAUUAAAUUUACUAAUAUGCUAUGCAGCAGGUGUAUUAAUCACCAUGUUACUUGUUGUUCCACCAUAUCCAUCCUACAACAAGAAAAAACUGCAAUGGGUGAAGCCAUCGAUGACAAAUUCUUCCAUGGCCACUGAGUCUGGUAAAAUUACUGUUGAAUCAAGCGGUGAAGAUAUUAUCAUUGUUCAAUAA